AUGUCAACCCAAAACGACAUCGCCAAACACCUCCGCUCCCUCCACCAACCUGGCAACCCCCUAAUCCUAACAAACGUCUACGAUGCCGCAACAGCCUCUAUAAUCGCCUCACUACCAACAGCGCCCGCCAUCGCGACAGGGUCAUAUGCGAUCGCUGCAACGAUCGGUGUUGACGACAACGCCCUAACAAAAAUCCAACACCUGACCGCGAUAGCCGCCAUCGCCGCCUCUGUCCGUGCUACCAACCCUGCCAAACCACUAACCGUCGAUGUACAAGAUGGGUACGGUGAUGUCUCCGAACUGGCAGAUACCAUCUCCCAGGUUAUCGCGCUAGGCGUUGUGGGCUGUAAUAUCGAAGAUAUGGACGCCACCGGCGUGCUGCGGUCGGUAGAUGAGGCUGCGGCGCGGGUUGGGGCUGUUGUUCAGGCGGCAAAGGCCGCCGGGGUUCCCGAUUUUGUGGUCAAUGCUAGGACUGACGUGCUGCUGACGGAUAAUGGGACCAUUGAAGAGGCCAUUGAGCGUGGGAGGGCGUUUUUGGACGCCGGUGCUACUACGGUUUUUGUUUGGGGCGGGCCUAGUGGGAGGGGUGUGUCGAGUGAGGAGGUCCGGAGGUUGGUUGAUGCCCUGGGAGGUAUGGUUAACGUGAAGAUGAAUUUGAGGGAGGGCUUUCUUGGGGUAAAGGAAAUUCGGGCGCUGGGUGUUGCGAGGAUUAGUGUUGGGCCGGAGUUGUGGAAAGCUGCUAUGAAGGCAUUUACUGAACGGGCUGAACAACUGUUGGCUUUGUGA